AAAAGCGUCUUAUGAAAAACGACGUGGCCUCUCUCAGGUUUCUAUCUGGUUUCAGGUUUCAGUCCGUUUUGUUGUAUAAGUCACAUUUACACACUAAGUUGUUUUUGAAUCAAAUUUUUAGUGAAAUUUUUAAUUCCGCAAAUCGAGAUGUUACGAGAUAUGCGGGACAUUCUCCAUGCGGAACUUUGUGACGAGUGAAACUCGAGCGUUGGGUCCACUGAGUAAUCACGCUCGAGAUUGAGAUCAUAACAUCUCUCUUUAUUAAAUGGUGAUUAUCGGUGCCAUGGAGAGAAGGAUAAAACUAAAAACCUUAAACAGUCACAUAACAUGCAAAAUAUGUCGUGGGUAUUUGAUAGAUGCUACCACUGUCACAGAAUGUUUACAUACAUUUUGCAAAAGUUGUUUGGUAAAGCAUCUGGAAGAGAAACAUACCUGUCCAACAUGUCAAAUUGUCAUACAUCAGUCGCAUCCUCUUCAAUAUAUCAGCUUUGACAGAACUAUGCAGGAUAUCGUCUACAAAUUAGUUCCUGAUCUUCAAGAAAAUGAAAUCAAAAGGGAAAGAGACUUUUACAGAGCCAGAGGUUUGGCCUGUCCCAAAGACAUAUUACCUAAUGCUGGUGAAGUUGAAGAAGAAAGGGCCAAUGCGGACGCGCAUGCAGAAUCGGAUUAUCAUCGUACUGAUGAACAGGUUAAUGUAUGCUUGGAAUGUAUGAAUGCUAGUUUGAAAACUUUAAAAAGAAGAUUUAUCAGAUGUUCAGCUCAGGCUACAAUAACACAUAUGAAAAAGUUUAUCGCUAAGAAAGUUUUGAGCGGGAUGGAAAAAUAUAGGGAUAUUGAUAUUUUGUGCAAUAACGAGUUAUUAGGUAAGGACCAUACAUUGAAGUUUGUUUAUGUGACGAGAUGGAGGUUCCGGGACCCACCUUUGAGGUUACAAUAUAGAUCGCACAUAGAUAUGCAAGAUUAAUCUUUCUACAUUCGAGAUAUACAAAAAAAAGAUCACGCAAAAUCUGCCCCUACAUUUGUACAAUUUUCUAGUUAUAUUCCUAUCUUAACUAUCAUAGUAUUUAUUUCUAUAUUUAUCUGCCCAGCGUUUGUGCCGAGUUUUAGUAAGAUGAUUUAGAUUAUUCAAAGCAGAAUGAUAUAUCGAUUUGGAGAUGUGUUAUUUGAUAUUAAUAAUAGCAGCAUUCUCUCUCCAUUAUGAAUAUCGAUGGAUGCUGUUAUUAAUAAUCAAAGAUUGUUUUUGUCAUACGAUCAAUCUUUACCAUACCGAAUUACGAGUUAUUUAUAGCUUAAAAUCUUCAUUUAUUCUUAGAG